AGGAGUAUCUCAAAGCAAUCCUACUUUCUUCUUAAGUUUGAGACUUUUUGUGUUAAUCCACUAAAUAGAGUUAACCCAUCUCCAUGUGUAGAUCAUUCUUUCUCCUUUAGUAGUAACUGAGAUGACACACUAGUUUUUUUUUGUGAAAAAGUUACCGCAACAAAAGUAAUUGAGCUGUAAUGGCCAUUUAGGAAUGUCAUGGGUUAUAAUUAAAGAUAGACAGUUAAGAUGAAGCACCUACUUUACUUAAAUAAACUUAUUAUUGGUGCUCUUUCUGAAAAAGAAUUCUGUAAAAAAUUGUAUUUAUAAAAGCCUUAUAUUGCUUUUCAAGAUUAUCUCAAGGCAAGUUGUAUGCAUUGAAUUGAGGUGCAGUACCUGUUGUGAUGUUAGCAAACCUGACAGAUAUUUAUGUACCACAAACAUACAAAAAUCUGCAAAUCCAAAACAACACACACAAUAUGCUGAAAGAACUCAUCAUCUAUGGGAAAGAGAAAACAGUCGCCGUUUCGGGCAGAGACCCUUCAUCAGGAAUGGAAAGAUAUUUAUGUACAAUAGUGAGAAGCAGUGAGAUCACACGUUAAUCUAAUUUUUGUAGUACUGCCAUAGAUAGAGUUCCUUGCUCUUAUUUUCAAACAAUGUCUUGGGAGUCCACUUUAGAUGUGAAGCUGCAUCCCAAUUAAAAUCUGAUACUUCUAACAGUAGACUUUAGUCUAGAUUCUCUGGGCUAUUGAUAUGAUUUUAAACAGACACUUAAAGCAAAUGCAUUUCACAACCUUAGAACAUCCUGAACAUUUGCAGAAGUAUUCUUGAACUUUGUUAUACAGACAUAAUAAAGGAAACAGGUGGGCAAUUAGUGCAAAGUCUCAAUAAUAAGUCCAUCUGUUACAGUGAUCCUAGUUGAGAAAAAAAAGUUUGCGACUAAAUUAUUGAUGGACAUGAAAAUAUUCAAAACCCUGCAAAGAAAAUAGGUUGCCUGCGCAACUCCUGGUGGCUAGUAAACUGUAAUGUGUAAACUAUUCUGCAGAUUGCAUUAGGCAGAAUUUUGCAGAUGCUUCCCAAGUGCUAAAACGUUCAUUUCAUUUGGCUACACUGCACCAUUGGUUACAACUAAUUUGUUAAUAAGAGCCCGUUAACAAUCACGAAAAUUAGCGAACUUAGUACUGCUGUUACAGUUUCAUGGGUCUUCUGAUGUACCAAGUCCAAGUUUGCUGCGGUUCCCUCAAUCUUAGCCAAAAUAGACGAAAAGUGCAUUGGCUUCGCACUGACCAUAAAUGCUACGUGUUUAGUACAUCAUCUAGAUUCUUCCAGUUUCUUUCCUAAGUAUGCCACGCCCAGUGUUCAGGAUUUAAGUUAUAAGGCAGGUUUCCAUACUAAAGGUCACCAACAUUUUGAAAACAUUAAAAAAUGUAAAUGCAUACAGCGGUGGAUGUUAAAGCUCACUUAAACAUGUGGAGAUGUGUUUAUUUUUAAACAGGAAUGCGAGGCCCGUUUCCAGUGAAUUCCACUUGACAGAUCGUUAAAGUAACGGUACAAACACAAGCAUAGGUCAGCAAUUUUGGUCGUAUCCUUUCUCACUUAGUCACGUGAAUCGCAGCAUGUCUCCCCGCGCACACACAGACACACACACACAAAGUUUCCUUUUGUGCACUGGGGCGCUUUCCAGUCUGGCUGAUGAACUAUACUGGGCGAACGUUACUGGAGCCGGGAGCAAACGGCGCCUAAGGAAACGCGGUCCCGCCAGUGAACCAUCGCACGCUCCAGCCCACUUGGUUCCUGGUCUCCCUACAAUGAGCCGAGUGAAAGGUGUUCUAUAACUUUAAGGCAGGCCGGCUGGGGUGGGGAGCGCUGGGCGGCGGGGCGGACUCGCGGCCACUGCUCCCCCGGCGCGUCAGGACAUUGACAGCUCUGCUGAUGGGGAGGUCUGCGCACAUCUGGAUCUGCUGCGCGCCGUCGCGCUGCUCAGACCUGUUGGCCGGCUAACUCUGGCUCUGCCGGGCAGUUCUGUGAGGAAAAGUCUUCAUGCUCGGCACCAGGAAAUAAACAGCUCAUUAGGCCCGCAGUCAUUGGAGAAAUGUAACAUGCUUCGCGUGAGGAAAACAUAUUUGAAAGAUGGGUUGAGUCUAGCCAGCUGCGCUAUAGCAACAAAAAUCAAGGCGUGAACUUUUGGGCAAAUGUAGCGUUGUCAUUACUGCUCCGAGAAGUUGUGUGGGAAAUCGUGUUAAUGUUCUCCUGUCUAAUCGAGUGACACACAUCAAAACUCCGGAACAACGCCAGUAAUGUGAACCGCGCUGCAUUUCCCGAGCCGGGAGCCAGCAACUUUUGCAUCAACAGUUGGCGAAAAGCGAACUGCUGGCAAAGGAAAGUCAUUAAACGAGAUCUGUCAACUUUGCAGACUGUCAGCGAAGAAAGCGGCCGGAAUGGUCACUAACCUGCUGUUCCUGGAAACACUGAGAUAUGAGCCAUUCAGAGGAUAUUAGAUCAGUGUUAAGGACAUCAACUGAUCCACGAUGAAAUUUUUGUAUUUGAUGCAGUUAAUAGCCGGAUUAUUUGGAAUCUUAGCCGCCAACAGAAACUGCCCUGACUUGAUCAUAGAUAGUUGUAGUUGCACCAGCGAGCGAUCGAAGGGACCCAGCAGGCAAAUUAUCCGAAUAAAAGUGGUGUGCAGUCGUGGAGAGUUGUUAGAAACUUUGCAACCCAGCCUCCUGCCCAGCAAAACGGUGACGCUGAUCCUGAGUAAUAACAAGAUCUCGCUGUUAAAGAAUGGCUCUUUCUUUGGCUUGCGUUCUCUAGAGAAAUUGGAUCUGAAGAAUAACUUGAUUAGCAACAUUGAGCCUGGGGCUUUCUUUGGGCUUUCAGAGCUGAGGCAAUUGGAUCUGUCAAACAACAGAAUUGGAUGUCUGAGUCCCGAGAUGUUUGUGGGCCUUACUGGUUUGUCAAGACUGAAUUUGUCAGGGAACAUCUUUUCAACCCUUCCUACUGGCCUGUUUGUUAAACUUACAGCACUACGAGUCUUGCACUUUAGUACCGAAUCUCUAAUGUGUGACUGCAACCUCAGAUGGGUCUUACAGUGGGCCAAAAACUUUUCAGUUCGCAUAGCAGAUGACACUUCGUGCGUCUACCCAACACCAUUACGCGGAAGACCAUUCAGAACUUUGAAAGAGAACGAGCUUACGUGUGAUGGCCCUUUGGAAUUGCCUCUGUUUGAGAUGAUCCCCUCUCACCGUCAAAUCGUAUUCCAUGGGGAUCGGUUACUGUUUCUGUGCACUGCAACAUAUGUGGAUAAAACAAUGCAAAUUGAAUGGCGACAUAAUGGAAAAGUAAUGGUAACAGAUGAAGAUAAUGAAAUAUUGGUUGAACCAGUUAUGAUUCAUGACUGUUGCUUAAUAACCAGUGAGCUGAUCCUGUCAAACAUUGAUGUAACUGCUUCAGGAGAGUGGGAGUGCUUUAUCACCACCUCCCGUGGAAACAGCUCUAAGAAGGUAGAGAUCGUGGCGCUGGAAAUUGCUGCACCAUACUGUUCGGCAGAGAGGAUCACCAACAAUAAAGGGGACUUUAGGUGGCCUCGAACACUGGCAGGUAUCACAGCAUACUAUACUUGCAAUCAGUACCCAUUUGUUUCUGUACCAUAUUAUGGAGACCAUCGACAGGGGAAAGCCUGGCGCAAAUGUGACAGGACUGGUCAAUGGACGGAAGGGAAUUACACUGAGUGUGCGUAUGCAAAUGAAGUUACACGAAUCCUUCAUCGAUUCAGCCAGAUCCCAGUGAAUGCCAGCAAUGCUGUUGCUUGUGCCCACCAACUGAUGGUCUACACAGGAGAAUCAGCAAGCUUCGUGGACAUGAUGGAUGUUAUUUUUGUGGCUAGAAUAGUUCAGAAACUUACCGUCUUCGUGGAUCAAGUCAAAGACCUUGGAGAAUCCAUCAUAGAAAUCGCCAGUAACAUGAUGCUUGUGGAUGAACACAUAUUGUGGAUGGCCCAGAAUGAAGAAAAGGCAUGUACCCGAAUUGUGCAGUGUGUGGAACUCAUCGCAAACCUUGUGCUAAACAGUAAUACACAGGGUAUUUCUAAGGUUUCCAUGAAUAUAGCUCUCGAGGCCUUCAAGAUCAAGCCAGCCAGUUUCACAGGCAUGACCUGCACAGCUUUCCAGAAAGUUGCUUCAAGUCUACGGAGAUCAUCGCAUCGUGGUGUUGGUCAACAGGUCUGGGAGGCUGAAUCUCGUCGAGACCAACAUCUGAAUUUUAAAUGCAAUACAGGCAAUCUUACCAGUUCUCUUGUGAACUUCCCAGUUAAGAACACCAUAGCAGUGGCAUCAGUUCAAUUGCCACCAUCAAUAUUCUCUCAAUUCCUAGCCUUGCACACUGUUGACAACUCAUCCUGCAAGCUGCAAUUUAUUGUAUUCCGGAAUGGAAAACUCUUUCCUAGUACAGGUAACUCAUCAAACCUUGCUGAUGAUGGGAAGCGCAAAUGUGUUUCAACACCAGUUGUUUUCAUCAAAAUAGAAGGGUGCAGCUUUGGGAACCUCACCAAACCCAUCACCAUUGUUCUGAGGCACUUCGCUUCGGGUGCAGAUCCCACUGCCGCAUAUUGGGAUUUUGACCUUUUGGAUGGACAUGGUGGUUGGCAUGCUACAGGGUGCCAUAUAGCAAAUUCUGCAAGCAAUAUUACCACCAUUCAAUGUUUGCAGUUCGGUAACUUCGCAGUACUAAUGGAUUUGAAGACGGUGCUUUCCUUCAAUCAGUACCCAGGGGAGUUCCUGCACCCUGUGGUAUAUGCAUGCACUGCAGUCCUUUUGCUCUGUGUCUUUGCAUCCAUUAUCACCUAUAUUGUGCAUCACAGCACCAUCCGCAUUAGCAGGAAAGGCUGGCAUAUGCUGUUGAACUUCUGCUUCCACACUGGCCUCACUUGUGCUGUAUAUGCUGGAGGUAUCAACCGCACAAAAUAUCCAAUCAUCUGUCAAGCUGUUGGGAUUGUUUUACACUACUCCACUCUCUCUACAAUAUUCUGGAUUUGUGUCACUGCCAGAAAUAUUUACAAGCAAGUGACCAAAAAGUUGCCUCAGUACCAGGAUGCUGAACAACCAUCACACUCUCAGCAACCAAUGCUGCGGUCUUAUCUGAUUGGAGGAGGCAUUCCAUUAAUCAUUUGUGGAAUCACAGCUGCAACAAACAUCAACAAUUACGGCAGUGAAGACAAUGCACCGUAUUGCUGGAUGGCAUGGGAGCCUAGUCUUGGGACGUUUUAUGGUCCGGCUGCUUUCAUUGUGCUUGUUAGCUGCAUCUAUUUUCUUUGUACGCUAAUACAGCUGAAGCGUCACCCAGGGAAGAAAUAUGAGCUGAAGGAGAUGACGGAAGAGCAACAGCGGCUAGCAAGCACGGAGGUAGGCCCCAGUCAUGUAACGGACUCCAGCUCUGUGUCACACACAUGUUCAGUGAUUUCUUCCUCAAUGCUAGAGAAUGAGCAUUCAUUUAAGGCUCAGCUUCGUGCUUCAGUGUUCACUCUCUUUCUGUUUAUCGCCAUGUGGACCUUUGGCGCCCUUGCAGUCUCACAAGGACACUUCCUAGAUAUGAUCUUUAGUUGCCUGUACGGAGCAGUCUCAGUGACCUUAGGACUCUUUAUUCUCGUUCACCACUGUGCAAAACGUGAUGACGUCUGGCAUUGUUGGUGGUCCUGCUGCAAAUCAAAUAGGAAUACAUAUGCUGUUCAGACAAGUGCUCGACCCCAAGUGACCAUGAACGGCGAUGCCCAGCUUCAUGUCCCAUGCCUCCUGGAUUCUCCCUGUCCGAGUAAGUCGCCAUCCAGUUGCAAUCAUUCCGUCUCUGGACUCUGUAAAUUAACUAACCUACAUGCCAUGCAGAAUCAUGUAAAUUGUGUUUCACCAGUUACACCCUGUUGCGCCAAAAUGCACAACGAACAAAUCGUUGAUGACGACGGACAUAUUCACCUGCAUGCAGAUGGAACGUGCAGGCCGACAGUGCACAUACACAGAUGUCAGAAAACUCGAACUAAACCACGGCAGUUCAUUCGGCACAAUAGGUCCGCAGCUCAGAGGGAGUAUGCCUACCAUAUCCCUUCCAGCAUCGAUGGGAGCAUACACAGUUCACAUACAGAAAGUCAUCACAGCAUCCAGGACAGCCAGUCCAUCCAAAGGCAAGUCAUUUGUGCAAAGAGUGAUCAGUGCCCUAAUGUCUGCCAGCCUGAAGGCAGCGAGGCCAGCACAAUAUUAUACGGGUGCAACAAAGCUGUAGACAGUGGUGUCAGCACAGAGGCUUUGCACCAAGGAGUCACUUUUGAGAUGCAGUCACGGAGACAAUCGUGUCCUCUAGGUGUAACCAAUCAAAAUGGAAUUCUUAAGGGAAACCUGCAUGAAGCCAUGAUUUAUACUUCAGACGUUACAGGAAACAUAAGGACUGGUCCUUGGAAAAAUGAAACUACUGUGUAGUUUUUAGCCUCACGACUACAAAUUCAGAUCAUUGCAGCAACAAAAUGUCACAUAUAAGUUUUGUAUAAUGCUUAGGUGUUUGUUUACAUGAUUCAUUGUGAGGAUUUGCAUAUUUCUAUGUAUACAUAUAUAUUUGUACAGCACAUACAAAGUACCAUAAGAGCAGUAUUAUAUUAUGUAUUUGUACUUAAAGCUAAAAGGAUGCAUUUGUGUUACCACAAUGUGAGCAUUAAUCAAAAAGUAGUCUGCAGAUUUAUCAUAAUUAAGUUGAAGCUUUCGAUUAUUUUUCUAUCAAUGUAAAUUGUUUCUUCAAAGUAAACAACCAAAAAGAGACGAGUAUUACUAUUCUAUUAAAGAGGCAGUAGCCCUUUGGUGGUUAGCACAAGUAGCAUUUUAAUGUUUGUUUAAAAAAAUCCCCUAUAAUAAUGAAAAUAUAAUGUGCAAUUUGUUCAGAGUAUAAACUUAUGAUUUUUAAUUAUUUUUAUGAGUUUGCUAGCUUCAUUGGAAUAAAUCAUCAGAUAAAUAAAUAUUUGAAAUAAUCCUGCAUAAUGUAAGGUAAUUGUGGACCUGUGUUUUAAUUGACACACAAGGGAGUGAUUUCUUUAGCAUGGUAUGUGUAACUCCAAAACCUGUUCCUUAUUGGUUGGUCUGGUACGUUACACAAAGUGUACAAAAGAAAUCUUUCCCACAAGGUAGAAUAAAAAGGGUAUUGGCUCUUUAAUUUUGUAUGAAGAAAUAUAUUAAGUCUAUACUUAGGCAUACAGUACAUGCUGAAAUAUGCAUGAUUUUUGUUGCAUUUUAUUGUCAAUAUUCAUCUGCUAUUAUAUGUAAAAGCUGAUCAUUCUGGUAAUGUAAGACCUAUAGCAUCUUCUCAUUUAAUACAUGCAAAUUAAACCAUAAUGCUGAAACAGAGUCAUUGGACUACUUCACUGUUAAAGUGCCACAGCACAUGUGUAAGUUUAAAGCUAUAAGUGUGCUAGAGAUGACAGUUUUCAGUUAUCUGUGCAGAGCAUGCAGUGACUGUUGUAUGUUACAGUGUACACUGUAUAAUGAAUUAAUGUUUCUAGUAAAUGCAGAUAUCACCAUGUUUGUUAGUAAAAAGCAAAAAAAAAACCCUCAACAAGUCUGUCAUCUAUUUUAAUGAAACUCCUUUUCAGAAUUUGCUUUUAAGAAUUCCCUGUCAUCAAUAAAAGGUGAA